AUGAACGCGAGCGCCUCCUCGCUCAACGAGUCCCAGGUGGUGGCAGUGACCGCCGAGGGAGCGGCGGCGGCGGCCACAGCGGCAGGGGCGCGGGACAACGGUGAAUGGGGGCCCCCUGCAGCGGGGGCGCUGGGGGGCGGCGGCGCGGCUAACGUGUCCCUGGAGCUGUCUUCUCAGCUGCCGGCCGGGCCGCCGGGGCUGCUGCUGUCGGCGGUGAAUCCUUGGGACGUGCUCCUGUGCGUGUCGGGGACGGUGAUUGCAGGCGAAAAUGCUCUGGUAGUGGCUCUAAUCGCGUCUACCCCCGCGCUGCGCACGCCUAUGUUUGUGCUGGUGGGCAGCCUGGCCACUGCCGACCUGCUGGCGGGCUGCGGUCUCAUCCUUCACUUUGUGUUCCAGUACGUGGUGCCCUCAGAGACGGUGAGCCUGCUCACGGUGGGCUUCCUCGUGGCUUCCUUCGCUGCCUCGGUCAGCAGCCUGCUGGCCAUCACGGUGGACCGCUACCUGUCUCUCUACAACGCGCUCACCUACUACUCGCGCCGGACCCUGUUGGGCGUGCACAUCUUGCUCGCCGCCGCCUGGACGGUGUCCCUAGGCCUCGGGCUGCUGCCGGUGCUCGGCUGGAACUGCCUAGCAGAGCGCGCCACCUGCAGCGUGGUGCGCCCGCUGACGCGUAGCCACGUGGCGCUGCUCUCCGCCGCGUUCUUUGCGGUCUUCGGCAUCAUGCUACACCUGUACGUGCGCAUCUGCCAGGUGGUCUGGCGCCACGCGCACCAGAUCGCGCUGCAGCAGCACUGCCUGGCGCCGCCCCACCUGGCAGCCACCAGAAAGGGUGUGGGCACGCUGGCCGUGGUACUGGGCACUUUUGGCGCCAGUUGGCUGCCCUUCGCCAUCUAUUGCGUGGUAGGCAGCCGCGAGGACCCGGCAGUCUAUACCUACGCCACCCUGCUGCCCGCCACCUACAACUCCAUGAUCAAUCCCAUCAUCUAUGCCUUCCGCAACCAGGAGAUUCAGCGUGCCCUGUGGCUCCUGUUCUGUGGCUGUUUCCAGUCCAAAGUGCCCUUCCGUUCUAGGUCCCCCAGUGAGGUCUGAAGGCACCCUCCCUCCGUCCUUCUGCCAACACCACACCCACAACAAGCCACCCUUCAGUGAGCUUCUCGGUGCCUGCUGAUGAACUCUGAGAUCCCAGUGGUGUGAUUCUGACUUUGGAAAGAAAGGAAGAGAGAAUAAACAUAACUACAUCAAACUCACAAAAGACAAAGAGGCUCUUUGGCACUUUACAUAUACAGUGUAUACAUGUGUACAUAUAUAUACAAAUAUUUGUAUCUUCUGAAGGGGUUCAGGAUGUGGGCUUUCCUGUUCUGUGAAAAAAACUAACAAAAGAUGUGGUCGUGUACUCAAAUUGUACAUCACAUUUGUCAAGUGAAGACAUUAUGAUACUGCUUAAUUAUAGCACUUUAUUUUUAGCUGCUGAACUGCCAAAACAGUGUUGCCAUUUUUCAAGGGCAGGGGAAGAAGAGUAAAAGGUGUAUUUUUGUUGUAUGUGAUAGUAUAUUUUGCUGCACAUGCAUCAGUAAAUUAUAACAUAUUUUGUACACAAAUAAACACAAAAUAAAAAUGUAAUUUGGGA